AUGCUGCCCGUGGGCUGCGGCGGGCGGCUGCAGGCGGCGCUGCAGGCGGCGCUGGGCGAGGGCGCGGAGCAGCAGCGGGAGCUGGAGGCGCGGGCGGCGCGGAGCCGGGCGCUGCUGCGGGGAUGUGCCGACCCUGCCAUGUGUUUACUUCCCCCAGGGACUGUGAGGAAGAUGAGCAGCUGCAGGCAGCAGGGUGGCUCCAGCCUCACCCAUGAAGACAGGCCUUCGCCCAAGGAGCUGGAGGAGCUGGAAGCGCUUGAACAAGGCCUUAGAGAAGGCACUGAAAGUCAGGAAAAGCAUUUGAAAACUCCGUUAGGGACCCAGGGAGCUGCGAGAGAGAAAUCUGCAGGUGAAGGACCUGCCUCCCAAGGGACUGCUGAAGAGCAGCAAGUGCCUGCAUCUGUUGAGGAUGUUCCUGUGACCACGAGGGUGAGAACUGUAAGCAAGAAUCCUGCACCUUUGAAGAAGUCCUCCUCAUACAAGCUGAGAGCCCCUUAUAGGACCGAUCCAGAUGUGAAAAAACUGCAGAGGAAAGCACCUGCCAGAUGUGUUUCUCAAGGUCCCAGGACAGCUGGAAAGAGCUCCUCAAAAGGGGUGGCCUGUAACCAAGGAAGGAGUCACAAGACAGCGAUUGGCAUUGGAAAUAGAGGGGCCUGUGGUGCCAGCAACCCCAAAAAGACACCUAUCUUGUCCAGAUCUGCCCCUGAAUGAGCAGCAACCUUUUCCGUGGGGGAUUCAGCUGGGGGAAAGGACUUGAUAACUGCUGGCAGCCAGCUGUUUGAUGCAGGGAAGAAAAGUGGUGGCUUCCUGGGAGAGUCCAGCAGAAAGGAGACCCCUACAAGUGAAGGUGUGUUGGGAAGGAGCACCUCACCACGAGCAGUCACCCUCCAGGAGAAGGGGUGCCAGCUGAAGCUGCCCCUUUCCUACAGGAAGGCCUUCUCUCGAAUUUUCAGGGCAUGGGAGAGAUGUCGCCUCUGCCAAACAAGUGUGGAUGCAGCAACUGCAAGAAACAGUUUCAUAGAGAGGAUUCAAGCAACUUUUUGUUCACCAGUGCCAGCCUUCAGUCCUGCAGAGAUAGAGGAGGAAUUAAAGGUCCUCCAGGAUGUCCCUUCCCUUCUGAGCCAGUAUGUGGAAGCUGAGCCUGAAGAGCAUCCCACUCUGCAAAGAGAGUACGAAAGCCUUUUGACCUUGGAGGGUUUGCAGACCACUGUUUCCCAGUGCCUACAUAAGCUGCAGCUUCUGCAGGCAGCUGUGGAGUCCCAGAUGAGGCUGCGCCCAGACUGCACUGAGGACGUUGGAAUCUGCUUUCCCACCUGUGUUGCUCCCAAGGGACAGCCUUGUGACGGCACAGGCCUGCUGGCUCGGCCUCUCCUUUCUUACUCCAGUCUCCAGGAGCUGAGGGACCUGUUUGCCUUGAAGCUACGAGUAGCCAUGCUUCACCAACAAAUUGCCUUACAAAAGGUCAUGAUGGCAGAGCUCCUGCCUGUCCUGGAGUCCAGGCUGCACCCCGAGGCCUCCACUGCUCAGCUGUACCGGGCGAUUUACACGCUGCUCUGUGAAAGAGGCAAGCGAUUCCCUGUGCUGGUGAGAGACGAGCUGCCAGACUGAUCCAGUGGGAGCCUGCUGCUUGCCGUCUGCAUAAUCAGAGUCAGUUUUAAGCAAUAAAUCUUCUGU